AUGGAUUUUGUUGAGAGUGUCCACGCCGGCAUCGAAAUCAACAAACCUGUGCGCAUAUCUAUUGUGACAUCCAUGGAAACCCUACCAAAAUUCUAUUCUGGGGAGCUUCCUUUGCAGCCUAAUGAUUGUGUCGAGUAUACAGAGAACCCGGCAGGUAUAGAGAUGGCUCGUCAAAUCUACGAGUACCUCUUUGAGCGCAUCUCGCCCAAAUCACUGCGUAAGAUCGUCCGCCAUGCCUGCUACAUCGCAGACCGGCAACGGCGUCCUAUCCCCACGGUGGAAGAUGUAAUGUUGAAUGGCGAUGAAGAACUUGUGUUUACGAGCUAUGUGAUUACCUUUGACUAUCAGGUUCCUCUUGGCGACGAGGACCCGAACGCUGUGCAGCUCGUUGUUGAUGAGCAGUUAAGGGUGACGGGUCGACCUCACAGGCUGGCUAAAGAGAGGGCACGGAUCAAUCACACUUUGAAGAAGGUUCCUGGCAUGCCUGAUGAGUAUUAUGGGAGGAAGGAAUUGCUUGGUUUGAGGGAGGAUUUUUAUGGACAUGGAAGUGCUGUUGAGGAGUGA